GAUCCGUCGCGCAUGCGCACAUCCCAGCCGCCAUCCCGCGACGGGGGCAGAAGGCGUCGUCGUCGGCUUCUUCGUCGCCAGCGCCGCCGCCAGGAUGCCCCGCGACAACAUGGCGGCCUCCCUCAUCCAGCGAGUGGCCCGCCAGGCCCGCCUGACCUUCCGCCCCCCGGGAAGCACUAGCGCCUCCGGAGGAGGAGGAGGAGGAGGGGACGGUCCCCGUUCGGUGGAGGACCUCCAUCGCCUCCGGGAUCUGCUGGGGGAGGUCCGUGCGGAGGAUCUGCGCCUGUCCCCGCGGGGCCCCUCUGCGGUGCCGGGCCCCUGCCAGCCCCCAGUGAGCUACAUGCACAUCUGCGAGACGGAGGGCUUCAGCAUGGGGGUCUUCGUGCUCAGCGCCGGGGCCUGCAUCCCGCUCCACGACCACCCGGGCAUGAAUGGCCUCCUCAAGGUCCUCUACGGCACCCUCCGCAUCGCCUGCCUCGACCCCCUCCCCGAAGGGGGGGCAGCCCCCGGGCAGCCUCCGCCUCAAGACCCCCGCCAUUGCCAGCGCCACCCGCGCCGCCUCCGGGCCCUGCUCCGCUCACACCGCCUCUACACGCCCUCCUCGGCCCCCUGCCUCCUCUCCCCGGACUCAGACAACCUCCACCAGAUCGACGCCGUGGGCCCGGGCCCCGCCGCCUUCCUCGACAUCCUAGCGCCCCCCUACGACCCCGACCACGGCCGGGACUGCCACUACUACCGCCUCCUGGACGGGCAGGGGCUCCUCCUGCCGCCCCACUCUCCGCCGGACCACCAGGAGCCCCAGCCGGGGCUGCCCAAGGAGCUCUGGCUGCAGGAGACCCCACAGGCCCCAGGCUUCUGGUGUGGAGGGGAGCCCUACCCUGGGCCCCAGGUCUCCCCUUGAGAGGAGACGGCGAGGGGCAAAGCCUCGGCAUCCAGGACAAGAGACCAGUGGGACCCCCUCCUCCAGAUGCCCACCAGAGAGUGAUGGGUGGCAUCCUCCAGAACACAGCAGGGCACCUCUGUUUCUCCUUCCCAGCAAAGGGGGGUAUUUCUCCCAUAAAGACAGAAGGGAUGGGCAGGUCUAUGCGAGGUCCUCUUCCCUAACAUGGUUUCAGAGCUGCUGCAUUGAGAAUCUGGAAGACACAACAAUCCCACCUUUUCCCAGAACACAACAGGGCUUUUUUGGGCAAAUGUCACAACAGCACAAGUCCUGCACCAAGAUGGUUUAAGAGCGGCCACACUGAGGAUUUUGAAGCCACAAUAAUCCCAAGGCAUAAUGAGGUUUUGAGCACUUGUGACAACACUGUAGGUGCUGCACCAACAUGGUUUAAUUGAUGUCACACUGAGGGUCUGGAAGACACAAUAAUCUCCACUUUUCCCAGGACAUAAUGGGGCUUUUUGCGUGAUUGUGACAAUAGCAUUGGUCCUGCACUAAGAUGGUUUAAUAGCUGCUGCACUGAGGAUCUUGAAGCCUCAAUAAUCCCAUUUUUUUACCAGGCUGUGACAAUUGCAUAGCUUAGGAACUGCCACACUGAGAAUGUUGGAAAUCACCCUAAUCCAGUCUUUUCCCAGGACAGAUAGUUUUUGAGCAUUCGUAAUUGUGACAACAGCCUAGGUCUUGCACCAAUAUUUGACUGCCUCUGCACAAUACCCGCAUUCCUCAAGAGCAUCUCAGCCUGUUUGGAGAGAGGCCUGCAUGUGCCACUACUGGUGGCGGUUGUGACACAGGUCCUGCACCAAGAUGGUUUAAGAGCUGCCGUACUGAGGAUCUUGAGGCCGCAAUAAUCUACCUUUUCCCAGGGCAUAGUGGGUUUUUGAACAAUUGUGCAAACAGCAUAGGUCCUGCACCAAGAUGGUUUAAGAGCUGCUGCACUGAAGACACACUAAUCCAGCCUUUUUCCCAGGACAGAUGGUUUUUGAGUAUUCAUAAUUGUGACAACAAUUGGUCUUGCACUGAGGUUUCACUGCCUUUGCACAAUGCCUGCAUUCCUCUUGGACAUCUCAGUCUGUCUGGAGAGAGGCCUGCAUGUGCCACUACUGUGGCUUGGUGUGAUCCUGAAGAGAAGUCCAUUGAGGACAGGUUUGCAAAUGUGGUGCCUCUUUACAAAAAAGAGUAACAGAAGGACAGCUGGUCAUUGUUGUCCCCAGCCCCACACACACUUGAAUCCCACCUUUCAAAAUGGUACAUGUACAAUUAUUUUUUCAAGGAUGAGUUUUGGUUCUUUUUCCACCCACAACUCCUAGUAGCACAGCAGCCUGCAUACAGAUUUAACAAUACUUUCAGCCCAUCUUUUUGAGGGCCAGUAGUACCGAGCGAAUUGUUCUGUUGUGGACCUUGUUCAGUUUUGUGGGCGAAACAGGAUCGUCCAUUCAGGACACAGUUUCUACCAUGCCUCCCUUCUUGCCUGGGACGCUACAUUGGGGGACUACCUCGCCAGUUCUGUGGAUGCAAAGCAUGGCAGUGUUGUGUUUAUUCGGUACCAGCGGAUGUGAUGAUAUGAAAAAGCACUCAGUGUUUUUUGAGAUUCACUUUGGGACAUGAACCAUCACUUCCUCCUCAUAAGAAUUUUUGAGCCUUACUAAUUAUAUGUCCUGUGAAGGUCCAAAUAAUUUUCCAGCAGCUCCCUUAGUUGAUUCAGUGGGAUAAGUUUUGACAUCCGUUAGGGAUGUCAUCCUAAUCUCUUUCUCCAGAAUGGUUUUGGGAGAAAAUUUGUGCUGAAGAGGCAAGAUACCACAUUGGUUGAAGCACAGUAAUUUGGGAUGCUGCCAAGUUAAGAGAUGAUCUUUAAAAUUACUGAUGUGUUGAGAGAAUGCUUUUUAGAUAUUAAAAGUGGAAAAUCCUGAUUAUCUGUUGUGAUUUCUUUAACAAAUUGGUAGCUGUUUUUUUUUCCCUAGUAGAUUUCACUGCAAAGAUUUGUUCCACUGUACUUUGAAGGGAGAGCGUUGCGCAACACAAGAACAGAUGGCGGGUUGGUUUUUGGAGGUUUUUUUUUGCAGUUGAUGGUAAUAGUCUUAGUUUCUGACACAAGUUCUUCUAGUAAACAGAAAAAUCUAAAAUAAUACAGUUGCAGGCAGAUUCUGACUUGACCUCUGCUGUUUUUCAAACCAGAGCUACACGUUUGUGUACAUCAGUGUUGUACUGAAGUAAUGUACUUUUCCUUUUUACUAUUUAUAGAGUUACCUUGCACAACUUUUAUUAAAAGAGGAGAAAUUGGACUUAC